AUGUUUAAAAGUGAGAUGAAGGGAGACAGCGAAAGACUAUCACGGAAGGUUCGAUUCCGUGUUGCAUCCUUGCACAGUGGGAGAGUGCUGAAGGAGGUGUACGCCGAUGGGGAGGCUGCUGACUCUCUGGACUCUGAGUAUGCCAGUAGCUCGGAGACCGACCAAACCAGCCGGCUGAGUGAAGUGGAUGGGCAGCAGAAUGGACACGUAGGGUCUGAGUGUGACGAAAAUGAGAAUGAGCAGGAUGACUUGCUCAUUUUAGUCAGAGCCACUAAAGAGAGAGGUUUUGGUACAAAGCGAGUCAACAUCCUCAGCAAAAAUGGCACAGUCAGGGGAGUCAAGCAUAAAGUCAGUGCUGGUCAAGCCCUCUUUGACAAUUUGGCAAAAGCAUUUCAGGAACCAUUUUUUUUUUUUUUUUUGCAGGUAUCAACAGAGCUGGAGUUUGGCCGCAUAGUGAUUUAUACUACCAGCCUUCGUGUGGUGAGAACCACUUUUGAAAGAUGUGAACUGGUUAGAAAGAUCUUUCAAAAUCACAGAGUUAAAUUUGAAGAAAAAAACAUUGCUCUGAACAGCGAUUAUGGAAAAGAACUAGACGAAAGAUGUAAGAGGGUCUGUGAAGUUCCCUCACUCCCUGUUGUGUUUAUUGAUGGCCAUUAUCUUGGGGGUGCUGAGAAAAUUUUACUAAUGAAUGAAUCUGGGGAACUGCAGGAUCUCUUAACCAAAAUUGAGAGAGUCCAGCAUCCUCACGAGUGCACCUCUUGUGGGGGUUUUGGUUUCCUGCCGUGCUCAGCAUGCCAUGGGAGCAAGAUGUCUGUGUUUCGGAACUGCUUUACGGACUCAUUCAAAGCCCUCAAGUGUACUGCUUGUAAUGAGAAUGGGCUACAGCGCUGCAGGAGCUGUGCAGGCUAA